AUGGAGAAGAAUGGAAUAUGGAAGAGGAAAUGGAAGGUGAUACUUCCCACGGCUGCCGUGCUGGCCACGGUCGUCCUCUUCUUUUUCCUGUACCCGAAAUUCUAUCUGAGCGGCAGCUGGAGCGAUGACGAUCUGUACUCAGGCGACAGUCCAGAAAUCGAACAGGAACUGGGACAUGGACCGGUCGCUCACCCUGCGGUAGACGCCAACGAUUUCAGCAUUGGUCUUCAUCCUGAACAGCACAUUCAUCGAGACCCGGAAACAAUUGGUCUGGAAUGGAAUAUCACCAAAGGCGUCCGCCGUCCGGAUGGCGUUGCCAAAGAAGUGUAUCUAAUAAACGGUCAGUUCCCCGGACCUACUGUCGAGCUGCGAUCUGGCGACGAGUUACUGGUAACUGUCCGGAACGAAUUGGUGAAUGAAGGCGUGGCAAUCCACUGGCAUGGCCUGCGAAUUGAGAAUACCAUGGACGGUGUCGUAGGCCUGACCCAAUGCGCCAUCAACCGAGAAUUCACCUACCGCCUGAAGAUUCCCGAUCAUCAGGCCGGCACAUUCUGGUAUCACUCGCACUCCGAGCUCCAGCGAGCAGACGGCCUCUUCGGAACUCUUGUCAUACAUAAGCCAGCAUCAGAGGUCGAGUCGACUUCUGACAUGGAAAAGUACGACUAUCAGAACGAGCAGGUGCUGAUGGUCGGCGAUUGGUAUCAUCGGCCGGCUGAGGAAGUGCUCGCGGAUUAUACCAAUUGGGAGAACUUCAAGAUCGAGCCAGCCCCGGAUUCGAUGUUGCUGAAUGGUGUCGGCUACUUCGAAUGCUCGAUGGCCACCAAAGCUCAUCCAUUGGACUGUCAGGGCCAGAGUGUGCCUCAUUUGACACUGCCUGCCAGGACAAGACUGAGGAUCGUCAACACUGGAGCUCUGACGGGAUUCACGAUCUCGACCACAGGAUUUGUGAUGACAUUGCUGGAAGUUGACGGAGGGCAUGAAGUUGAGCAGGUCAGGUCGGAGAAAGUGGGCAUCCUGUAUCCUGGAGAGAGAAUAGACCUACUUCUCGACAGAUCAGGCCAUGACGAGUACGAAUCGGCGUGGAUCACGAUUGCACUGGAUCGUGAGAACAUGCAAUUCCCAAACAUGGCCUUGACGCCGACGCAGCAGUUCGCCAUUGCACCUCCAAUGGACAAUGAGCGUGCUGCACCACACGAAGACCCCAUCGUAAGGCCUAGGGCGCCGGAGGUGCCAUGGAUUGAUCUGUCCAAGGCCAAUGGUUCAGCAAUCCCACCUGGGGAGGUUGGCGUUCAAAGUGACGAGACGAUCCUGCUGUACGCCUCGAUCAGCUACCUAACGCAGUAUGAGUACCGACCGAAAGGCUUCAUCAACCACACAUCAUGGUCGCUCUCCAAUUCAAGUGACAUGCCUCUUCUUGCAUUGGAUCAGACAUCUUGGCCCACUGACCCCGAACCAUUUGUCGUGAAGACAGGGCGAACUGAAUGGGUUGACCUCGUCAUUAACAAUAUCGACGACAAAGGGCACCCCUUCCAUCUCCACGGCCAUGACUUCUACGUCCUUUCCGUACACCAAGCCAGCCGUGUCGGGGCAUACGAGCAGUACAAUCCAUUCGAUGCAGAGAAAGAACCAGCGGGCGGUCCCAUGAACCUCGCGAAUCCCGUCAUCAAAGACACCGUCUAUAUCCCGAGCCAAGGUUAUGCGGUUUUGAGAUUCCAAGCCAAUAGUCCAGGUCUAUGGCUCGUUCACUGCCAUGUGCUAUGGCAUGAGGCCGUGGGAAUGAACAUGGCCAUCCAAGUUGGAGACGAUGCUCAAGUUCGAGGCGAGUCGGUGAAGGAAAGCAUUGCCAAGUCGUGUGCCGGCUGA